AUGGUGUUGUCAGAGCAGCCAAGGUUAAACAGGGUGGUGCAGUGCAGAUCCACUGAAGCACCUUUUCCGCUCAAGUUAUUCCUAUCAUUGGGCGGGGAAGAUGAAGUGCUGUCCUUGCCCGCCUCUACUGGUGCAGCUGCAGAUGAUCUUGUUCCUAUCCCUCCUCAACCAUUGCCCUUUAAUGAAGAGGGGUGUUUCUUUUUUCUUGCUUUUGGACCUUAUAUUUUCUUCUUUCUUUUCGCUUUUUUCUUGUUUUAUUCAUUUUGCAUAAUUAUUCCUUUUUAUUAUUUUAUUUUAUUCAUUUCUUUUUCUUUAUUACUUCGUUUAUUGUUUUUUUUUAUUUAUCUCUUUGUUACAUUCUUUGCUAUCUAUAUUUUCUUUUCUCUUUUAUUCCUUUUUGCUUUAUUCUUUUUUAUGCUUGUUUUUCAUUGUAUCUUAUAUUUUCCUUCCCUUUCCAUUAUUUGCUUGCUUUGUUUCAUCGAUUUUCCUUUCUCUAUUUACUGUACAUUUUUUAUUUCUUUUUAUUUAUUUAUUCACUCAUUCUUACUUGGUAAUUUUUUUCUUGUUAAAACUGUGUGCGUUAUAUUUGCCAUAAAGUUUUAUUCUUUUUUACUUGCUUGCUUUAUUCUUUCUAAAUUUUCUUUCUUUCUUUAUAUCAUUCAUUCUACAUUUUCUUUGGUUCUCGCAUGCAUUUUCAUUUCAUAUCUUCUCUCUUUAUAUACUUCCAUUUUGUUUUUCUCUUUCUAUUCUUUGUUCCCUUGUCUAUCCUUUGUUCCAUUUAUUUUUCUUUACAGAUAUCCUGCUCUCUUUCAAGAGAAUGCUUCUCCUCCAAUGCACAUAAAGGAUAUCGAGAAAUGA